AUGGAAUACUUAUUUCGCGGAGCAUCAUGUGGUGGGGCAGCACAGCCAGCCCCUCCCUCAUGGUACCAGAAGUUGGCCAAAAGAGAGACCCUCGAGAAUCCUGGCAGCGUGGAGGAACUGUUCCGGAAGGUGCGUGAGACUCAGCCGAAUUGCUUCGAUGGCGCCAAGGUGGUGCUGAACAAGGGUCUGAGCAACCACUUCCAGAUGACGCACACCAUCCAGCUGGGCAACGCAAUGCCGAGCUAUCGUCUGCAGAGCACCUACGUGGGCACACAGGCGCACACUCCCGGCGAAGCUUAUCCCGUGCUGUUGGGCGAUGUUGACGGACAGGGCAAUGUCAACUGCAACAUAAUCCAUCAGUUGACGGAGCGUCUGCGCUGCAAAUUAGCCGCUCAAUUCCAGGCGGGCAGUCAGAAUGCCAUGCACCAGGCAUCGGCUGACUAUCGCGGCACGGACUUUAGCUGCUCGCUGACUUUGGCCUCGCCCGGACUGGCCACUGGCUGUGGCAUGAUCGUUGCCAACUUUCUGCAGGCUGUGUCCCGCCGCUGGGCCAUCGGCUCGGAGCUGUCCUACCAGUGCGGCUCCAAUGUGCCGCGCGGACACUUGGCCAUGGUUUCGCUGCUGGGCCGCUACGAGACUGAACGCUCCGUGUCAUCGGCCACCAUUGGGGCGACGGGCAUACAUUUGGGACAUUGCCUGAAGUGCAGCGAUCAGCUGCAGAUUGGCGUGGAGUUGGAGACCUGCCUGCGCUCCAUGGCCUCGGUGGCGACGCUCUCCUACAUGGCUGAAAUCGCGAAGGGGCAUGUACAGUUUCGUGCCAGCAUCGAUAGCAAUUGGUGUGUCUGUUCGGCGUUGGAUAAGCGUUUCCAGCAGUUGCCCUGCACGCUCCAGCUGACUGGCUGCCUGCAGCACAAAACUGGCAACAUGAAAGUCGGUUUAGGGCUAUUUAUUGGAUAA